UUGAGGCCGAGCAGCAAAAUGGAUCCAGACGAAUUCAAGACUUUACAGAGAGUCUUAGACCUGCAGCAGAGAGCACGGGAGGAGUAUGAUGCUCUUCAGAGGAAACACUCUGAGACUCAGAACAAGUGUGAGCGUCUGGAGCAGGAGAGAGAUGAAGCUCUUCACAAACUGCAACAUUUUCACAAAGUGUCGGAGCAGGUCCUGGAGGAGGUGGGACACAUCCAGAAGAACCUCCAGAUCCAGAAAUCCUGCAGAGAGACAGCAGAAGCUCUGGCAACAAAGUUGUCUCGUCAGAACCGCUCUUUGAAGCGCCGCAGUGUGAUGCUCAUGUCCCACCUGAGUCCAGACCUGGUCUCUCACAUAGACCUGCUCGAACCAGACCCACAAGAACCCGAUCUGGACCAGGGUCUGGACCAAGGUCUAGACCAAGGUCCAGACCAGGGUCUGGACCAGGGUCUAGACCAGGGUCUGGACCAGAUGUGCCAGUCUGUGACUUGUCAGAAGACUAUUGCAGAUCUGCAGAGCGACAAAACCAGGGCAGAGUCUGAACUUCAGGAACUGAGAGAAGAACUGGACAGAACCAGAGAACAGUUGCUGAAGGAGAAACACGACAACACUUUGUUAAUUGCAGAGAAAGUCCGACUCAACAAACUCCUGAACAACUACAAUAGAGUCUCGUUGUUGGCGUUGGAUGAGUUCGAGGAGCUGCAGACGGACCUGGAUCUGGAGAAGAACCUGAGAUCUGAGGCCGAGAGUUUCGCUCGAGAGAUGCUGAUCGAGCAGAAGAAGCUGAAGCGCCAGAGCCAGAUCCUGGUCCAGAGCCUGGGACCAGACCGAGUCCUAGCCGAGGCCUUAGAGCAGGUCCAGAGAUUGACCGGAGACCUGGAGAGAGAGAGGCUACAGCACCAGGAGCAGCUCAAAUCCCUGGAGCAGCGUGUCUCCUGCACUGACCACCAGAGGGAGCUGCAGAGUCUGAGGAGCCGUGUGCAGCACUUGGAGGAGCAGAAGAACGAGCUGAACAAACUGUGGAGCGAAGCCCAGAGUGAGGUCAAGGACCUCAGAGCUACAGUGGAGGAGCUGCAGAAGAAACUUCAGUCUCUGAUGAACCCUGUACCUCCCCCACCUCCUCCUCCUCCUCCACCUCCUCCACCUGCUCCUGUGGUCAACCCACUCAGUUCUCUUCUGUUUCUGGUGAGAAAAAAGAAGGAGGUGAGCACUAACAUCCCUCUGAUCCAACAAGAACCAGCCAAUGAAACAGAUGUUCGUAAGGCAGCGGUGGAUGAAAUGAUGCAAAGGAUCAAGAGAGGCAUCCAACUGCGACCUGUCAACCAAUCACCAUCCAGAAGCAGGAGACAGUUGGAGAAGAAAGCCUCAAACUCGGCGAUCCAGGAGCUCAAGGGAAUCAUGGAGAACUUUAACCGGAGCAGCCCGAAGACUUUAGUCCGGUCCGUGUCCAGAGAACAAGACUCAGAACUCAACCAGGUUUUACUGAGAAGACGAGACGCCAUAGAGACACAGCACUGCAGCAGCACAGACCUGGUUUAGUCCUGGUUUAGUCCUGAGCCCUGAGCCAGAUCUAGACCGGGACUAAAACAUGACUAGACCAGGACUAGACCAGGACUAGUCCAGGAUUAGACGGGGACUAGACCGGGACUAGACCGGGACUAGACCGGGACUAGACCGGGACUAGACCGGGACUAGACUCAUAUUUUCCACAUUCUAAAUAGAUUUUUGAAAUGUCACUUUUCUUUUUGUUUCUGAAUUUUAAACAGUGACUUUUACGUUUGUGGUUUUAUAAAAAUAAUAAGUUUUAUUUAAAUGUUAAAUUGUUCAAACUGUUGCAGAAAUAAACCUGAAAAUGUCAUUUU